CUGUCACUGUGACCCCAAUAAAGACACCUUCCUAUACAUCCUAAUCGACAUAACUUCGGGAGGGCUGAGAUAAGAAUCCAGCAGCUGCCAGCCGACUAGGGCGGUAGUCGGCUUUUGCAUUGUCCUAGCCUUUUAGCUGUGUGUGUGACUGAGUGGCGAUGCUGGCCCUAUUUAACAAGCUCUUGGACUGGUUCAAGGCCCUCUUUUGGAAGGAAGAGAUGGAGCUCACCCUGGUGGGGCUGCAGUACUCUGGGAAGACCACCUUUGUCAACGUGAUUGCGUCCGGACAUUUUAAUGAAGAUAUGAUUCCAACUGUUGGCUUUAACAUGCGGAAAAUCACAAAAGGAAAUGUAACUAUCAAGCUCUGGGACAUUGGGGGACAACCGCGCUUUCGAAGUAUGUGGGAGAGAUAUUGUCGGGGAGUGAGUGCUAUUGUCUAUAUGGUGGAUGCUGCGGAUCAAGACAAAAUUGAAGCAUCGAAAAAUGAACUACAUAAUUUACUGGACAAAGCGCAGCUGCAAGGCAUUCCAGUUCUUGUACUUGGAAACAAGAGAGAUAUUUCAGGUGCUCUUGAUGAAAAAGAACUAAUUGAAAAAAUGAACCUUUCAGCCAUACAAGACCGGGAAAUCUGCUGCUAUUCUAUUUCUUGCAAAGAAAAGGACAAUAUUGAUAUAACACUACAGUGGCUUAUCCAGCACUCUAAAUCACGAAGGAGCUGAGAAGAUCUAAACUUUACUUGCCUCCUGUUAACGUCCUGGAGAAUGUUUUGCUUUUCAAAUAGUAUGAAGAAAGACAUUAAAAUAUUAGGGAUUCUCGCUUUCUUAUCCCUCCUCUUUGUGUGUAGUUCUUCUUUCAACA